AUGAAUCCAGCUAUCAUGCUUUUCAUACUACCACUAACCAUUAUAUUAUCGUCACUAUUCCUUCCUUACUCAAAAAUGAACAAACCAUUCCACGCCAAAGUACUAGCAACAAAACUAGCAUUCUUCUCCAGCCUACUUCCAUUAGCCUUUUUUCUCUACGACGGAUUAGUUGUUACCUCACACGAAGUUUAUUGACUAGCCUUCAACGUAUGCCCCAUUCACAUUAGCUUCACACUAGACAAAUAUUCAGUCCUCUUCCUACCAAUCUCACUAUUCGUCGCAUGAUCCAUCAUAGAAUUUACUGUUAAAUAUAUAGAAUCAGACCCCAAAAUCGACACCUUCUUCCGCUACCUUAUUAUCUUCACUUUAAUGAUAAUAGUACUAGUAACCGCCGAAAAUGUAGUUCAACUCUUCAUUGGUUGAGAAGGAGUAGGCAUUAUAUCCUAUAUACUCAUUAACUGAUGAUCCUACCGAUCAACCUCCAACAAAGCAGCCCUCCAGGCGGUGAUUUACAACCGAUUGGCAGACGUCGGCCUAGCAAUCGCCCUAGCAUGGAUAGUCGUAAACAACCUCUCCCUGGACAUUCAAGGCGUACGAGCCUCUCCAGACCUCGCUCUUAUCCCCGCAUUAGGCUUUAUCCUAGCCGCCGCUGGAAAGUCCGCCCAAUUUGGCUUCCACCCAUGACUACCAGCAGCAAUAGAAGGCCCAACCCCUGUAUCCGCCCUACUACACUCAAGCACCAUAGUAGUAGCAGGCGUAUUUCUACUAAUCCGAACCUCAAAAUUAAUUUAUAGUAGUGAAACAGCAACUAUAAUCUGCCUGUUACUAGGAGCACUCACAUCCCUGCUAGCGGCAACCUGCGCACUAACCCAAAAUGAUAUAAAAAAAAUCAUUGCCUACUCUACUACCAGCCAACUAGGGCUGAUAAUAACAGCAAUCGGACUAAAACAACCCGAACUCGCAUUUAUACAUAUCGCAACACAUGCCUUCUUUAAAGCAAUACUAUUCCUUUGCGCCGGAGCAAUUAUCCACAAUCUUAACAACGAACAAGACAUCCGAAAAAUAGGAGGCCUAAAAAAAGCAAUGCCGAUCACCUCAUCCUGCCUAAUUAUUGGUGCCCUAGCCCUAUCAGGAAUGCCAUUCAUAUCCGGCUUCUACUCAAAAGACGCCAUCAUCGAAGCACUUAACACCUCCGACAUCAACUUCUUCUCACUAGCUAUAACCCUAAUCGCCACUACCUUCACUGUACUCUACAACCUACGCAUAAUUUACUUCGUAGUCCUAGGUAGCCCACGAAUACCAACACUCUCUGCACUUCCAGAAGCCCGUCAAACCCUCAACCCAAUCCUACGGCUGGCCGUAGGAAGUAUUGCAGCAGGACUUCUAAUUUCAAUCAACAUGCUUCCCUCCAACAUUCCACAAAUAACCAUACCACCAGAAAUUAAACUCGCUGCCCUGAUCGUUACAGCCUUAGGAUUCCUGACAGGCGCAGCCUUAAUAUCCACAGCCCCAACCCUCCAGCCAUCCACCAAAGGCACCCAAUCCCCCCUGCCCUUCAAAAUAACCCACUUCUACUUUAUUAUCCACCACACACUAUCGACCAUUACUUUAUGAAUUAGCCAAAAAUUAUCAAAUCAUUUAACAGACCAAACACACUAUGAAGCAACAGGACCCAAAAUGCUAGCCUACCUCCAAAUCCUAAUAACUAAAGCCCUGACAAGCCUUCAUAAAUCCCGAAUCAACUCAUACCUAAAAAUCAUUGCCUUAGCUAUAAUACUUAUCCUGCUACUAUCCCUACCCU